CGGGGGUGGGGCCGUGUUGCUACAGCAGCGGCAGCCGGAGCCGGAGCCGGAGCGCGCCAUGGAGGAGCUGGAAGAAAAUGAUAUUAUACUGCCAGCUGGAGAUCUGUUACCAUGCAAGAUUUGUGGAAGGACAUUCUUUCCAGCAGCACUGAAAAAGCAUACACCCAUUUGCCAAAAAACUGUUAGUAAGAGAAGGAAGACAUUUGAUUCCAGCAGACAGAGAGCAGAAGGAACUGAUAUUUCCACAGUAAAACCUGUAAAGCCACGGCCAGAACCCCCCAAAAAACAGUCCAACUGGAGACGAAAGCAUGAGGAGUUUAUAGCAACUAUACGAGCAGCCAAAGGACUAGAUCAAACUCUCAAAGAGGGUGGAAAACUUCCUCCCCCUCCUCCACCUUCAUAUGAUCCAGAUUACAUUCAAUGCCCAUAUUGCCAGAGAAGAUUUAAUGAAAAUGCAGCUGACAGGCACAUCAAUUUCUGCAAGGAACAGGCAGCACGUAUUAGUAAUAAAGGAAAAUUGUCUGCUGAUGCAAAAGGGAAGCUGCCUGCUCGAACACAGUACAAGCCUGCUACAGUUAAAAAGGCACCUUCUGCAGGAUCAACACCAUCCUCAUCACGCUUACCACAGCCAACUAAUGUUAGCAAAACUGUUGUAGGUACACCUACGAGUAAAGUGUUAUCUACAGGUGGGCCUUCUGGAAGCAAAAUUCAGACCUUAUCUCCAGCUCAUAAAAAUUCAGUGGGCAUGACAAGCCCACAAGCAGGUAAGACGGACAAGUUAGGCCCACCACUGCGAACUGGAAGAGAUGUGCAAAGGUUGUAUGACAGUGAUACAAAAACAGACAGUACCAUCAAAAGACCAAAUGAGUUGUUGCCCAUUAACAAAGGCACUGUGAAAACUCGAAUAUCAACCCCUCCAAGUAUGGCAAAAAACACGGGCACAGGUGCUCUAGCAAACAAAAGGAAAAUCUAUAAUGCAGAAAGUUACUCAAGCAGGUCUGAUGGUAAAAUUGGGUAUGAUAGUGGAGACUACUCAUCCUCAGUCAAUGGAGGAAGUACAAAAAGCAGUGAUGAAAAUUCACCUGUACAGUUAUCAAAAUUUUGCCAUGAAUGUGGAACCAGGUACCCGGUGGAAUGGGCAAAGUUCUGCUGUGAAUGUGGAAUUCGAAGAAUGGUUGUAUGAAUGCAUUCUUAAAAGCAAAGAAAGCAAGCAAACAAAAAACAAAACAAAAAACAAAAAAACCCAGAGCUUCAGUUGCAUAUUGCGGCAUGGAAUGCUGGAGCACUCCUUCCUGUUAGAUUUCAUGCUGCAAACAUGCUUGAAGUACCAUGUUGUAGUAAUUUACUGAGUGCAAUCCUUUUGGUUACAUAGUUAUUUAUAUAUAAAUAUAUAUACUGUAUAUAAAAAUAACAGGUACCUAAAACUGUGCCGUUCAAGGACAUUCUAAUCUCUGUUGGAAAAUAUUUUAAGCUAAGUAGAAAUGUGUUUGGUAAUUUAGCAGAUAGAAAUGGAUCUUUUUGUAGAACCCUGGUAUGUAAAAUAUUCUAGCUAUGAAACAUUUGGGCUAAAAAAUGCUUCUGAGAAGGAAUCAGAUAUACUUAUGGGACACUAACUAAGAAACUGUCUUUUAAGCAAGUAUGAAAACUGCAUGAGUAGCUCCUAUAACUUUCUAAUUAAAUUGUUAAAGAUUGUCUUUGGUUAAAGAGAUUAAAGCAUACUAUUCCAAUGAGCUUCCAUGGUUAUUUUCUGGGACUGCUUCUAAAAUAUUUGUUAAAGCAAAUGGACUGAAGUCCUGUGUGAAAGUAUUGUUCACCUCUGUAAAGAGUAAUAGGAUUUGAAUAAGAACCAAUGAAGGUUAUUACAUAUUUACAGCCAGCAGUGUGGGACCAGGCCUUUUUUUAAAAAAAGCCAUGUUUUCCAUAAUGAUGUACUUUCCUUUUCACAACUGUGCACACGAGUCUUAUCCAACAGCUCCCAUCUCUCCUUCCAGAGAUGUCUGCAAGUUCCUGCUCCCUUCACUUCCCUCCUCUUUCUCCAGAAGGAAAGACAAAAUAAUUUACUCCAAAAAAUUUUUAAAAAGUUUCUUGGAUAUGUAUUGAGAUUUUCUAGUGGAUGGCUUUAAUAGAUGAUUAUCAUAGAUGAUGAAAAUAAUUUGUACAUCAAUUUUUUAAACAGUCCUUAUAAUGUGUCUUACAUGAUAGAGGUCCAUAUAGUUAUAUGAAACUGGUACUGUAAGUUUUGAUAGAAGUCAUCACUUCCCUUAUUCUGAUCCCGUGCAAUAGGCAAAGCCAUAUGUUUUAUGGAGCAAUUAUGCUUCAUGGGAUAGUAUGUGAAUAUUUAAUUAUUCUGUCUGCAAUUACUACGUUUUCUUGGGCUGUGUACUGCAGCCAUUGAAGUCAGUAGCAAAACUCACAUUGACUUCCAAGGGAGCAGGAUCAGACACCUUAGCUGUUUAACUUUUGUAAUAUGGUAACCAGAAGGGCAGUUUAAAUAACCAGGCAAAAGCUGAGUUUCUUAGUUUGUGUCUGAAUUUAAAUGUUUCUGUUAUGUGGCGUUUGCUUUGAAGUAUUUUAAACUAUUUUGGUUUCCCAGGGAAAAACAAUCCGAAGGAAUCUAAUUGUGCCUUUCCCAAAUUAACUGUGCUGUCUUGUCCAAAAUUGUUACUUUUAAUUCAUUGCUGCCACUAGUAUAGCACGUGUAUGAUUUAUAUUAAGGUGGUAUAUUGAAGCUUUUUGCCACAUAUGGUAUGACAUUGCAAUAUUGUCAGUUGAUGUAAUCCAAAAGUACUAUUCAUAUUUUUGGAGAAUACAGAUAAUGGGGCCAAUUACAAACAAAAUGUAGUUGAUAUCCAUUUUGUGGAUACCCUUCUCUGAUUUUUGUGGAUAUCUUUAGGGACUUGAUGCUGUCAUUUUGUGGGCCCUAAACUAUUAUUGCUAUUUUAGGAUGACCAAGUUCAGUGGUACAGAAUUGUUUUGUAAUCUUUCUGAGAAAUUAGGUGCUUCUAGGAAUUGUCCCUUUACCUGGUGUAUUGACAUCGUUUCUAAUUCUACAAUAUGGCCACUGAGCUGCCCGUGUUUAGUGUGUAAGAGUGGAUAACUAUUAAAUGUGAUGUUGCAUAAUAGGUAGACUUGAUGGACUUUAACUGAAUUUGGGUGCUAGAAAUCAAGGUGUAUAGAAUGGCCUUUUGGCAGUUUCAUAUAUACACAUGGGAAUUACAAUUCUGCAUCCCUUGUGGACGUAAACCCCAAGGGAAAAUCUGCUCCAGAAUCACAUUAGGGUGUCCAUUGUCCUGUGGGCCUUCUACUGUAGUGUGAAGUGCCCAAGGGAUGUAAGAAUGAGCCAAAUAUGGGUUCAGCCAAGGGACACUGAAGGUUCAUAGGCCCAAUAUCUGAUCUAUUUAGUUUCUGUUCUUAUAUCUGUUGGCAAAUUAAAUGUUAUCCGUUUUUAAAAAAAUAAAUAAAUGGCAGCAGCCCAGCACUCAUCAUGAGCAAA